AUGUCGCUCUUAAUGUCACGUGGGAACUGAUUUGGUUCAAGGGAACUUUCUUCAACGGAUCUUGAUCUAUUAAAUAACUUCCUCCCUUUUUCCUAGCCCCGCUGGAAUAUCAACGAUGCGGAUUCUUGCUCUAUUUCUGUUUUGUUUUCAGCAAGCUUGGUGUCUGAACAACUGUCCCCAGUUUUGGGUUCCAAUCAGCGGCUCCUGUUUUGCACUUUUACACGACAAGGUGGCGUGGGCAUCUGCUGACGAAUUCUGUAAAGACUUGGGCGGCUAUCUGGCUGAAAUUACCUCCGUUGAUGAGAACAAGGGAAUCAUUAAUUAUUUGGAAGCCAAAAACCCCACCGUGAAGAGUGUGUGGCUGGGCGGCACGGACAUACUGCAUGACGGCACGUGGUUUUGGAUGCAUAGUAAAGACCCAAUCACGUUCAGCGCGUGGGUUUCCGGACAGCCGGACAACUUCCAUGGAGAAAACUGUAUUCAUCUCAACCGGUAUGGCUCCGGCACGUGGGGAUGGAAUGAUUAUGACUGUAAGACCAAACUGUACGGCCUGUGUGAAACUGACCUACAGGGUCCUGAGUUUGGUUGAAGCUGCAACGUGGAUUAAAAGAGCAACAGUUUGGUGAUCUUGUCAUGACAAAUAAAAUUUAAUAUCGAACCUUA